CUCAUUUCCAGGGGGUGAUUUCGUUUUUAGAAGAGCUACUCCCCUCUGUUAGGCCCAGCCAAGUCACAUUCUUGGACAGCCAUGGGUUCUGACCUUCUCCACCCAGAGCCCUCCUCCUCAUCCAUGAGCCUUCCUUACUCUCUGGAAUGCAUUACCUCUUUUUUUUCUCUUGCUGGUAGUCACCUUAUCCCUGAAAGAAUUAACAGCUUGUAUCAGUUUUUAGUGGCUUAAAACAUGACCUCUCAGGAACAUGUGUAAGUGAAAAUAACAAUGGUGCUUACACAACCACAACACUUUUGGUGGUCAGAGUUCCGUUGCAGUUUUCAGCUAUAACACGGUUAUUUAUGAGGGAUCUUACAAACAGUUUGUAAUGGUAUUUAUAUUUGUGAAUAUUGUACUUUUUCUAUAGAUUGAGAGCAAGUUUAAGGUUUAUUUCAGUAAUAAUGUCUUUCUCACCUUACAUGGCGAAGUGUUUACUUGCAGGAAAGAGUUUAAUGGGGUUUUCCGUUGGGGUGCUAUAAAUGCUGAUGAUGGCUUGCAGGGUGUGAAUAUCAGCCCCAUUGCUGCCGGGGUGGACAGGUGGAAAACCCCAGACUUGACAGACCACCUCUGCCAGGUAGAUGUAUCUUAGAAAUCUAGAAAUUACAGUGAAUAUUUUAUGGACUGCCAGUGAGCAGACAGCAUUUCCUGCUUUUCUGUCUUAUCUUGAGGGUAAGACUUAAAGGUUUUUUUUUUCUUUUUUUGCAAUUUGAAAUCUAGAUUAUUUCAUGUUUGAUGUAUAUAGCAUGAUGUAAGGCACACUUUAUACCUGAGUCAGUGGUUUCCCUUGGAUUCAUUUUCCUACUUGAUUAAACCCAUUUAAGUCAUUUUAGAAAAUGGUGGUUUGCUAUUCAAAUUAAUUGGAGAGAAUACUUGGUCAUUCUGGUACCAAAAAGAGACUCUGAUGGAGCGUGGUGUUUUAUGGAUUCUGUUACAGGGCUGAUUUCCUCCUUGAAUAAUGUACUUGCAAAAUUAUUGUCCAUUUGAUUACAUUUUCUUUUUUUUUUUUCCAAUAAAGUAAGCACGGUUUUAGUCCUGUAGGUCAGUUUUUGUCACAAACUCUUUUGAACUAAGAUUUGCCUAGGUGAAUAAAUCGGGGAUGACAGUUGGCUGGAGAAGAUAUAAGGUCCAUUUGUGUCUACUCUGCAGUGUGAGAUUAGGAAAAGAAUCAUCUAACAAAUCGUUCACUCUUGCUAAACGUUGAACUAAACAUAAAUUUUAUAUAAUGCAUUUAUUCAGAAAUCAUACCUGCUGUGUAUAUCCUAUAUAUUUUUGGGCAAUUUCUUAGGAUUAAGCUUAAAAAUGUAAUUUGCCUACUGCAACUAAAUCUUUGUAGUUUUUUUUUUUUUCUUCACUAAUGAAUGGCUGUCAGUAUGAAAAUCUUUGUAGUUUUAAAAGAUAGUUUUCCCGAAAUAAAUCCAAGCAGAUCUUGCUCUGCAAAUGCUGAAUGAACAAAGUAUUGAGCUAAUAAAGAGGAUUAAUAAUUUUCUACUGCCUAAAUACUCUUAGAAAUCAGUGAAUUUGGAAUGCUGUUCAUUUAUGUCAUAGAUCCUGAUCCUGGGCACCGGUGGAGUUACUGUCUCUCCAGUCAAGAGAUUUUUUUCAGGCCUCAGGCUUUUCAUGGUGAGGGUUAAAUAGGAGAAUUUGGCGAGGAUUACCCGUCAGUUCUUGUCCAGCGUGCUUUUUGAAACACACAUUCCCCUGAUAUGCAUAAUUUACAUUUCAAGCCCUAGGAGGGACAGAGGGCCGCGUUGCUCCCCCAUGGGAGCAGGAGUGCUAAAAUCGAAGCAGGCAGCUGCGGGACCGCUAUAGCCUGCCCUGCGCUCGGGCCCUUCCCGAGCAGGAAGCGCGUCGCUGUUCCCGGCUGCGCCCAGGCGGGUGCGAGCGAGCGGGCCCAGCAGCUGCGAGCCGCCGGCGCGCCACCUGUUUCCGUUCCCGGGGACUUCCCCCGGCGGGGCUCAGCAGUGUGGGGUCGGUCGCUUGGCCUCCCCUGGUGUCAGCGACCCAGGGUAACCUCCUCCACUGCAGCCUGACGUGCGGGCCCGCUUUGUGGAAGAGCCACGUGUGCCACGCUCUGGGCAUGGCCUUGGAAAGUCAGGACCGCGACGGCAGCAGAGCAGUGAGUGGAAUCAUCUCUUGGGAAACCUUACAGAAACAUGAAGCCCUCAACCAUCUGGAACUGAGAAACUUAUUCGGGGUUGACUGCGGCUUCUAGAAUAUCCAGGUGUUCUGCAGAUGCGAGGACUCAUCCUGUAGUCACCAGAUGGAGUCCCAAACAGCUGUAAGGCCUGUGCUGUGGCUCUAAGGCCCUGAAUACAGAAAAGUCACUUUCUUAGUGGCCAAAGAGCAGUUGCUGACAUUGAUGUCUAACUACUGAACACAAUCAGUCUUUUACUGACCAUAGAAGAUCAAGACAAAUUAGGGAUUGCAAAUUUCCUGGUUCUCUUGAAUUAGGAUUCCCGAUGGAGGCCUCAUUUCUAUAGCCCCCACAUCCCUGUAGCUGUUAUCACUGCAAUCACCACCUGCCACCAGCAUCUUCUUGCAAACUUCAUCCUUGCUCCCCACAGACUUCCUGCAUUGGAAGUGAGCAGAAAGGAAGCUCUCAGAAACAUCUCUAGUGGUGGCUGCCAUCGCUGCAGACAACCGGAGUCCUGCCUUAAUCACCAUGGGCUGGCUUUUUCUAAAGGUUUUGUUGGUGGGAGUGAGUUUCUCAGGAUUUCUUUAUCCUCUUGUAGAUUUUUGCUUCAGUGGGAAAGCAAGAGGCCAGAAGCCGAACUUUGUGAUUAUUCUGGCCGAUGACAUUGGGUGGGGUGACCUGGGAGCAAACUGGGCAGAAACAAAGGACACUACCAAUCUUGAUAAGAUGGCUUCGGAGGGAAUGAGGUUUGUGGAUUUCCAUGCAGCUGCCUCCACCUGCUCACCCUCCCGGGCUUCCUUGCUCACUGGCCGGCUUGGCCUUCGCAAUGGAGUCACACACAACUUUGCAGUCACCUCUGUGGGAGGCCUUCCACUCAACGAGACCACCUUGGCAGAGGUGCUGCAGCAGGCGGGUUACGUCACUGGAAUGAUAGGCAAAUGGCAUCUUGGGCACCACGGCUCAUAUCACCCCAACUUCCGUGGUUUUGAUUACUACUUUGGAAUCCCAUAUAGCCAUGAUAUGGGCUGUACUGAUACUCCAGGAUACAACCACCCUCCUUGUCCAGCGUGCCCACAGGGUGAUGGACCAUCAAGGAACCUUCAAAGAGACUGUUACACUGACGUGGCCCUCCCUCUCUAUGAAAACCUCAACAUUGUGGAGCAGCCAGUGAACUUGAGCAGCCUCGCCCAGAAGUAUGCUGAGAAAGCAACCCAGUUCAUCCAGCAGGCAAGCACCAGCGGGAGGCCCUUCCUGCUAUACGUGGGUCUGGCCCACAUGCACGUACCCUUACCUGUGACUCAGCUACCAGCAGCACCAUGGGGCAGAAGGUUGUAUGGUGCAGGGCUCCGGGAGAUGGACGGUCUGGUGGGCCAGAUCAAGGACAAAGUUGACCGAACAGCAAAGGAAAACACAUUCCUCUGGUUUACAGGAGACAAUGGCCCAUGGGCUCAGAAGUGUGAGCUAGCGGGCAGUGUGGGUCCCUUCACUGGACUGUGGCAGACUCGUCAAGGGGGAAGUCCAGCUAAGCAGACCACCUGGGAAGGAGGGCACCGUGUCCCGGCACUGGCUUACUGGCCUGGCAGAGUUCCAGUCAAUGUCACCAGCACUGCCUUGUUAAGCGUGCUGGACAUUUUUCCGACUGUGGUAGCCCUGGCCCAGGCCAGCUUGCCCCAGGGUCGGCGCUUUGAUGGUGUGGAUGUCUCUGAGGUGCUCUUUGGCCGGUCACAGCCUGGGCACAGGGUGCUGUUCCACCCCAACAGUGGGGCAGCUGGAGAGUUUGGAGCCCUGCAGACUGUCCGUCUGGAGCGUUACAAGGCCUUCUACAUUACCGGUGGAGCCAGAGCAUGUGAUGGGAGCACCGGGCCUGAGAUGCAGCAUAAGUUUCCUCUUAUUUUCAACCUGGAAGACGAUAUCGCCGAAGCAAUGCCUCUAGAAAGAGGUGGUACAGAGUACCGGGCUGUGCUGCCCAAGGUCAGAAAGGUUCUUGCAGACAUCCUUCAAGACAUUGCCAAUGACAGCAUCUCCAGAGCAGACUACACUCUAGACCCUUCAGUAACGCCCUGCUGUAAUCCCUACCAUAUUGCCUGCCGCUGCCAAGCCACAUAACAGACCAAUUGUUAUUCCAUAAGGAGGAAUAUCUGGAAAUUCGACAGGCAAGUUUGCUUCCAAUUUUUACCCUCUUUACAAACACACACUUUAGUUUAGUCUUGGAAUUUAGUUUUGCAUGCACCACCUUACGUAUCCCUUCAGUAUUGUGUCUCUCCUCCACGCCAGCCUGAGGGAGCAGCUGAACUGCACUGGCUCUGGGCAGGGAGUGUGCCCUAAUGGGAAGCAUAUGGGCUUUGGAGUCAGACCCAGGUGCCAGCUCCGGCUGUAGAACUUGGGCAAUUAUUUAACCUAACUUACUUACAAGUUCAUUUUGAGAGUUAAAUAAAGGCAUAUGUGAAAAUGCCUGGUGUGUUACCUGACAUAGAGCAGAUAUUCAAUACAUUUCAGUUUCCUUGUUUCUCUGGUCGUUUUGGCAUGAAUCCAUUCUAAUUAGUAUCUGGGACAGAGCAUCUCUAUAUUUUUUUCCUUCCGCAAACCAGUGUACUCAUUGGUUUCCAUCUUUAAUAUGCAAACAAAUCAGCUGGGAUCUUAUAAGAAUCCAGAUUCUGUCUCAGUAGGUCUCAAGUGGAGCCUGAGAUCUUACAUUUCUAGCAAACAAUGCCUUGAAGAGCAUAGAUUUAGACCAGACAAAGUUAGGCCUUUUUCCAGAUCUCAGAGCAGACGAGUCCAUGGAUAAGACUGUGGCCCGAUCCGUCUCUUCUCCUUCUAAGGGUGAAAAUAUUGCAUUUAAAAGAUGUUAAAGAGUUCUUCCUGAUCCCUAAAACCAUGAGGAAAUAAAAUAAAAUGUAAAAACCUCAAAAAUGCAUUGCCAUGAUUUUAUUAUUAGUGUCCAAAAUGGGACUCCCAAGUAAUAAAUGAUUUCAGUCACAGCAAAAUAAAGACUUUGCUUGGCUAAAAUAGUCUCUCUAAGUAUGUAAUAUACACAAAAUACAAUUCAAAGAUAUGUUCCUAUAAGUACAUUCUUUACAUGGCAUAUAUUUAAAAAGGAGGCCCCUUUUAAUAUAAAAUUCCGGUUAUAUACCAAUAUGGUUAAUCAGCAUUUACACUGUGGUUGGAACAUAUUAAGAUAGCAUAAUGUAUAUACGAUAUCUCCCAUGCCCACUGGCAACCAGGGUUGUGGGAAGCUUGGUGAGGAGUUAACCACGUCCUGUGGUUUAAGCAGUGUAGCACCCGGGAUUCCUGCCCCCCUUUCUGCUCACACAAUUGCACUCCAUUCUUCCACCUUCCUUCUUUUCUCCAAAACCACCUGAUAGGGGAUGUCCUGAUUUCUGAGGUGUGCUUCUCAUCAUGACUGCUUCGUUUUGCCCUUCUGAUUUCCACGGCACAAGAUUAUCUACCAAAAUCAAAACAGAAUGGCCUUACCUUCUCAGAAAGAGGCUGGUAGGCAGGUGCAUUAUCAACAGGUCUGUGCCCAUGUCAAGUGAGCAGGGGGAGGCUGGGCACUGCCAAGUUUUUCUGUCUGACCUCGCUCAUGGCCACAGAACACUCAUGCAGCUUCUUUAGGUUUAGACAAGUAUGACACAUUUCUAGAAAAUACUGACUGUACAAAAAUGUCUGUGUGAGUGUGUGUAUUUAUAUGUAUAAAUUUUUUAAAGGCUUAUCUUACUUGUAAACAUGGACUGCUCAAUCACUAUUAAAAAGUCAGUUUAGGUUGGUCA